AUGGGUUCCAAUCAUCUGGCAGACACUAAAGGAUACCACAGUGAACAUGACUGUUCGAGCCAUGGUUGGUAUGAACAUGAUAUGCCAGCUCGAAAUGGAAGCCACUCGUCCCUUGAUAUCCUCCUCAGUUCUUUGUCAACACAGCUCGGAAAUUCGCCGGCCGGUCAAGCACCGGGAGGACUGGCAAAUAAUGGCUAUAUCAAAUCCAUAUCUGCUCCGGCCUCAUCCGCUGGGACGAGGUUCAUCGCACCGCCGUCCAAUCUAUCUGGACUAUUGACCGCCACUCCACAGACGAACAUACUCCCUGUUCUGAGAGACUACUAUCCUACCCAGGCUCAUACAAACAUUCUGGAUGAUCCUCCUCCGCAGCCAACUCCAAUUCGACCUCCCUCUUUCCCCUGUUUACCACCUCUCAUUUCCCUACCGCUACCAUUUCCUCCGCUAAGUCCGUCGUCAGAGGGAAUUCGAAAGCUUCCAUCACUAAAACUAGAUGAGCUACCUGGUUCACCAAGCAUGCGAAUCCGACCUCCGCUCGCAGAGAUGGCCCAGUUCGCCACUGAAAUCAUGCUCCCUUCACUAGCAACUGUUCUGGAGAAUGAUCCAUUCGACCCAAACUCGGCCAGGAUUGCAAAUCUGGCAAAGCCGGCUGGAGUGAUAGAACGACGUGAAGAGAUGAAUGAUGAUGACUAUAUCAAGGGAUCGAAUACUACUACCAGGCCGUCGCAUGUACCAGCUACCAGCUCUGUCCCGUCUGAGGGACGAGCUCCUAGCCCUCGUCUUACAGGGGGGCCAACCAUCAGCCCUGGUCCUUCUGAGGGACCAAGCACCCGCUCUGCGUCCUCCCCAAGAAGGCCGAACAAAGUCGUCAAGAACAUCAAAAAGAAAAGCCCGGGCAAGAAUCGAAGGUAUCCGCGCAUUCUCAAGAACAAACCCAAUUACAGCAAUGCUGAAGAUAACGAAGAACAGGUACGACAAAUAGCGGUGCUUGAUAAAUGCCGAAUCCUCAUGGGCGGCCCUCACCUGGCACCCAUUGGACCGGACCCUAAGGAGAUCUUGGAGCUUUCUUGUGGCACGGGAAUCUGGGCCAUGGACAUGGCAGUGGAAUACCCAGAGGCUCACAUCCUUGGAACAGACACUGUGAUAGAUAUCCCCAAGACCGUGCCACCCAACUGUUCCUUUGACUUAUUCAACGCCUAUGGGCCCUGGAAAUGGGGCGCCGACGUCUUCGACUUCAUCCACCUUCGCGACCCAUUGCUCGUGGUCAGUGACUGGUCCUCGCUCCUAUCCAGCGCCUUCUCCUCGCUCAAGCCAGGUGGCUGGUUCGAGGUCGGCGUCACAGACUUCCGCGUUGUGUACCACGACGAGUCCCCUGUCUCUGACAAGUCCAUCUACAAAUACAUGUGCGACAAGAUGGGAAAAGUCUUGCAAGACUGGGGCACUCCCCGUGUCGACGGUGACCAAGUCCAGAAGUAUAUAGAGCAAGCUGGCUUUGUGCGCGCCGAUUCCAAGGUCUUCCACAUCUCGCUACCAGACUGGCUAAGUACCGAGCUAGGCCGCGUGGUGGACUUCGUGGAAACCCUGGCUAAUUUACCGCACGACCAGGAGAACGGACGGUACGGACCCAGCAUGUUCAGAAGACUCAUCGGAUGGCCGGAGAAGCACACUGACAGCGAACUCCAUAAACACCGAGAGUCAAGCGAGUCGUCUGAGCCCAAGUUCUCGUACAAACAGUGA